UCAUUUCCUCCCAGCCUCGUGCGGGAAAUGGAUUUAAUUCUGACGGCAGGGCUGUAAGGGACGAGCGGGAACGAAAGCCUUUUGUCAAGGAGUAGCAGCCUCUGUCGUCUGUAAUUAUCACUGACGCGGAGAAGCUGCAUUGCUGGUGGAAUUCCAGGCAGCUCUGACAAGUGUGGGGCUGCAGGAUGGGAAGAAAACAUUGCUCUGCAGAUUAGCUGGGUGCAUUAAGCAGACACUCAAAAGACAACAACAACAACAAAGCAAAACAACAGCCCACAGUGGAAGACCAGGAAUGGAUAAGAUGCCGUGCAGGAGCUUCCACCCAGAUGUUUGAAAUCCUGUAGAUGUGGUUGGAGUCCCUGAGAACGAAGCAGGGUGCACGGGCCGAGCACUGAGAAGCAGCAGCCUGGGACAAGGUUGGUCCAGCCUCCAGGCUUCCAGGAGUGGAUCGUAAACCCACCAGGAGAAUGAGUGAAGAGACCGUCCCAGAGGCUGCCUCCCCCCCGCCCCCGCAGGGGCAGCAGUACUUCGACCGCUUUUCUGAGGACGACCCCGAAUACUUGCGCCUUCGCGGUCGCGCAGCGGACCUGCGACAGGACUUCAGCCUGAUGGAGCAGAAGAAGCGCGUCACCAUGAUCCUGCAGAGCCCGUCUUUCAGGGAGGAGCUGGAAGGCCUCAUCCAGGAGCAGAUGAAGAAGGGGAACAAUUCCUCCAACAUCUGGGCCCUGCGGCAGAUCGCGGACUUCAUGGCCAGCACCUCCCACGCAGUCUUCCCAACAUCUUCCAUGAACUUCUCCAUGAUGACACCCAUCAAUGACCUCCACACAGCUGACACCUUGAACCUGGCCAAGGGAGAGCGGCUCAUGCGGUGCAAGAUCAGCAGCGUGUACCGUCUCUUAGACCUUUAUGGCUGGGCCCAGCUGAGUGACACCUACGUUACGCUGAGAGUCAGCAAGGAACAGGAUCACUUCCUGAUUAGCCCUAAGGGAGUUUCUUGUAGUGAAGUCACCGCAUCCAGCCUGAUCAAGGUGAAUAUCCUGGGAGAGGUGGUGGAGAAGGGCAGCAGCUGCUUCCCAGUGGAUACCACGGGCUUCUGUCUUCAUUCGGCCAUCUACGCAGCCAGACCCGACGUGCGUUGCAUCAUCCACCUGCACACGCCAGCCACCGCAGCCGUGUCGGCCAUGAAGUGCGGCCUCCUGCCUGUCUCCCACAAUGCCCUGCUGGUGGGGGACAUGGCCUACUAUGACUUCAAUGGUGGGAUGGAGCAGGAAGCGGAUCGAAUCAGCCUGCAGAAGUGCCUUGGACCCACCUGCAAGAUCCUGGUGCUAAGAAACCAUGGAGUGGUUGCUCUAGGUGACACCGUGGAGGAGGCGUUUUAUAAGGUCUUCCACCUGCAGGCUGCAUGUGAGAUACAGGUGUCCGCCCUGUCCAGCGCUGGGGGAGUGGAGAACCUCAUCCUCCUGGAGCAGGAGAAGCACCGACCCCACGAAGUAGGCUCUGUGCAGUGGGCAGGGAGCACCUUCGGACCCAUGCAGAAGAGCCGGCUGGGGGAGCACGAGUUUGAGGCCCUCAUGAGGAUGCUGGACAACCUGGGUUACAGAACAGGCUACACAUACCGCUAUCCCUUUGUUCAAGAGAAAACCAAACACAAAAGUGAGGUGGAGAUUCCAGCCACCGUCACAGCCUUCGUGUUUGAGGAGGACGGGGUCCCAAUGCCUGCCUUGCGGCAGCAUGCCCAAAAACAGCAGAAGGAGAAGACCCGUUGGCUCAACACGCCCAAUACCUACCUACGGGUCAACGUGGCUGACGAGGUCCAGAGGAGCAUGGGCAGCCCCCGGCCCAAGACCACAUGGAUGAAGGCUGAUGAAGUGGAGAAAUCCAGCAGUGGCAUGCCAAUACGGAUCGAAAACCCAAACCAAUUUGUGCCUCUCUAUACCGACCCCCAAGAAGUGCUGGACAUGCGGAACAAGAUUCGAGAACAAAACCGACAAGAUGUGAAGUCGGCGGGGCCUCAAUCCCAGCUCCUGGCGAGCGUCAUCGCUGAGAAGAGUCGAAGCCCGUCUACAGAGAGCCAGCUGAUGUCCAAGGGCGAUGCGGAUACCAAAGACGACUCAGAGGAGACUGUGCCCAACCCCUUCAGCCAACUCACUGACCAGGAGCUGGAGGAGUACAAGAAGGAGGUGGAGAGGAAGAAACUAGAACUUGACGGAGAGAAAGAAACCACUGCAGAGGAGCCUGGCUCCCCUGUAAGGUCUGCACCUGCUUCUCCAGCACAGAGUCCAGCAAAGUCAGAGACGAAGAGCCCCCUGGUCUCUCCCUCCAAGUCUUUAGACGAAGGUGCUAAGACAGAAACAAGCAAAGCCACCACAGAGCCUGAAACAACGCAGCCAGAAGGAGUGGUGGUCAAUGGGAAGGAGGAAGAACAGACCGCAGAGGAAAUUCUCAGCAAGGGCUUGAGCCAGAUGACCACCAAUGCUGACACAGAUGUUGAUACCUCUAAGGACAAAACUGAGUCGGUCACCAGCGGCCCCAUGUCCCCAGAGGGCUCACCUUCCAAGUCUCCCUCCAAAAAGAAGAAGAAAUUCCGAACCCCGUCCUUCCUGAAAAAGAGCAAAAAGAAGGAGAAAGUGGAGUCCUGAUUGGGUCCUUGCUCUGCUGCUCACAGUAACCAGACAAAUUGACCUGUUCCCUCCACCAGAAGUUAAUCUUUGUUCCCAAGGGCUGAUGGCUUAGCUCAUGCUUCCCCAACCACUAACCCUGAGCUUUCUUCAUGGAACCUCCUGAAUGACGGAUGGAUGAAGAAUUGUAAGAGCGGGCAGACAUGAGGGCAAGCCAAGUCAGCCACAGGAUUCGAGUAGUUUAAUCAAUAUAAGAAGCCAGGAACUCGGCCCAUUUGAAUCGUGCAUCUCAGGCGCUUCAAAACUAAAACCAAAUUUAGCUUAGAGAAAAGUUGUCUCAUGCUCAGGGCAGAAAUUUGGGGAAAUUUAGAUCCUCCUUUGGCUUUGGGUUGUACAAGGAGGAUCAAAACAACACAGGAAAUGCUAUGCCUUUCUAGCUUUGCAUGACACAUGGAGCAAUGUGGCUCUACCUGUUUCACUCCUACCUGGCAGUCAGGUGUCCCCUGACUUCCCCACAAACCUGGAACCUGGCUCACACACCGGAACUGGCAUGUUACCCUUGGCUCCUUUGGGUUCCGACUCAGUCACUCUGGGUCCAGCAGAGGAGAGUGAGAUGAGCCCUUCAAGAUUAAGUCUCUUGAAUCAUCUAGGAGAGAAAUCAGCUUGAGUGUCCUCACCCUGUCACUAUCUGUCCAUCCUGGGGCCUAGUAAGAGCUAUGGCUUUCGUUGUAAAUGCCAGCACUACCUUUUCAUAUCCUUCCAUGGGACAUCAAGUAAUAAGCGUUGUUGGCUCCUAAAAAAUAGACAAUCCAUUCUCUUUAUAGCACAGUGUCUUCAAAGAGUAUUUUUCCUUUUUGUCCUGAUGAUUGUGAAAGUACUUUUGAAAGUUCUUAAUCAUCGUUUUCCACUUUUGGGCACUUACUUUCUAUGUAUAGACACUGUGCAGCCUUUACAUUCGUUGCACCCUUUGACCGUCACAAUAAUCCUGUGAUGUGGGUGAGGUAUUCCCAUUUUAUGAUUAAGGAAACUGAGCCCCAAAAGGACAAUUGACUUGCUCAGGUGAUGUGGCUAGAAAGAUCAGAGCCUGGAUUUGAGCCCAGCUCAGUCUGAGUCCAGAGCCUUGUUCUUAACAGUUGAUGAUGAUUAGAAAACUUGAAUCCCCAAGGAUGGUUGUUUUAGUCCAGGACCCAUUUCUGUGACUGGUCUCCACUGUGUAAUGUCAGCAGUUGACAUGAAAGCAGAAAACUACCCGUGUUCUCCCUCAUCAAUACACGUUAAGUUCCCAAUAAACGUGGAUUGUGGUGAGGCCAAUGUGGACCUCCAACAAAGGAGAGGCAGGAGCCAUCUGGUUCGGCCGGAGUAUAGUUGGGCUAUUUCUUAAGAAGGAAGGAAACUGACACCUGACUAAGGAGAACCCAGUGCUGCAUCUCUCUAGUCAGAUUCCUAACUGCUCCCCCACCCUCUACUUCGUUCUACUUUCUGAUUGGAUCUUGUGAUGGGCAAGCCAAUGGUCAAGGGCAUGUAUGCCUCAGAAAAAGUCUGUGAUGUGGGAAAUGCCUUCAAAAGCCAAUCCUCUGAUGCCUUCUUUAAAAAAUUAGAUUUCACAUUCAUUCAUUUAUCCCUCACCAUCUUUGUUGAGCACCCACUAAGCAUCAGGCAUUAUGCUGUCAUUAAAAGGAAAUAAUCAUUGUAGCUAGAAUAAUCAGCAGGAAACAAUGUUAGGAGUGGAGACGACAUAACCGUUGACACAGCUUUUUGUGUUCAAGUGGUUGUAGCUCAGAGAUGAUGUUGAUUUGACUCUGCAUUCAACAAAUUCUCUUUAUUCCCUUUACAACAAUGAGGCCUCAUAGGUGAAAAUGCCAGAGCCUUGCUGGAGCAUCAUCCUUGGAAUUUAUGCCAUGGGUCCACCUUACAUUUAUCCAUUUUCUCAUUCCUCAUACAUUCAAACAAAACAGCAGACCUGAAAGCAAAACAUAGUCCCUGCCCACAGGAAGUUUUUAAGUGUAGGAGGCAUGUAGACAAGUUACCAAACGGGCAAGAGGGCCGAGAUGGCAUAAGGAAGUAAUGAUUUACUAUCUUCUGGACCAGAGAAACUUUCCUGAAAGAUGUGAUGAUUAAGUUAGGUUUUCAGACAAAGAGGAAUUCUCCAGGAAGACAAAAGGGUUGUUGGAAUAUUCCUGAUGAGGGAAAAGCAUGUGCAAAGGCAUGGAAGUGCCAGGCUCCAUGACAGGUCCACUGAGUGAUAUAGUAAUGCCAGAGCAUAAAGUGUGAGGGGGUGGGAGGCUUUGUUUUAUAGGUGGGAAGGGCUGGAUCAGAGAGAAACCUGUAGAAAAUGUGCAACUAGAUUUUAUCAUGUAGGGUGUUUGGAGUUGCUGAUGGCUUACAGUCAGGAUGUCAUAAUCAAGCUUGAAUUCUACAAAAAUCUCUUUGGCGGCUGGGUGGAGAAUGGCCUGGAGAGGAGGAGAGCAGUGAAGGCACAGGAGAUCUUAAAAUGAGGCCUUUCUGAAACGUCAGCACUGAAACGUGCUUGGUGGCCUGCCUUACCUACAUUUUCCUUUGUAGCAUAUAGCAUGCUUCUGGCACAGAAUUUUACUUCCCUAAAAUUCUUUGGAUAAAGCAUCUUAGAGACUUUCAACACGGAGAGGGAAAUAUUCAAAGAGCUAAUCCUUGGUGCAGUUUGCAGGUCUAUUUUGCCUUAGUGCAGAAUUGCUACAAGAGCUUUUGAGUCAUUCUGCCAAUUUCUUCCUCCCUUGUAUGCGCAGGAGGUGGGGCCCUUAGCUCCAGGCUUAAGGUGGUGCACUGGGUGCUAUUGCAGGGGACAUGCAAUCCAAAAAAACCCAGAGGUUUUUAGAGGAGAGGCCAUUUUCUUUGGAUUUGGAUAAAAGUUGGCUGAAAACUUUUACCAGUAUCCUUCUGGAGAAAAUGCAUCUAUGGGGAGCUCAGAAUGGGUAGGCAGUAGGUUCAUUUCUAGUAAAGCCACUGGGCAUGAAUCUGCCACAGAAAGGGAUGAGAAAACAUGAGCCAGUCUGCAGUGUUAUGGAUGGCUGAGCUGGGCAGCGGGGAGGUUUUGAGGCUGUUUCCAUGGGAAGACAGACUGGAGUGAGGUCGGGAGGCAGGAGACAGUUACAGAGAGACAAAUUGGCUCCAGUGACUCUCUGUGCGCUGAUGGCUGGCACCCAGCAGUGAUGUGGGAGAACUGUCCACACAGUGUGGCCUUUCUCAAACUUUGCAAAAAGCUCUGCUAAGAGGCAAGCCUCCAUCCCAGAUCUGUGCUCCAUAAGGGCCUCCUGGCCUGUAGUGACCCAACUAUCUGACUUUGUCCAGGUUACACACAGAUUAAAAAUAGCCUCCCUCAACAGUGCUGUAAUGAAAAUAGGGUUCUUCCUCUGCAGACAGAGAAGUUCUUCUUAAGGGACUUGCGGGGAUUUGGAUGAGCACCCUGGUCUAGUAAGAGCCCCACUGAAAACAUUGCUCUCAUACUAUGGAUUUAUGUAUACUGAGCCUUGAAUCCUGCUCCCAGUGUCUAAUGCACUGUCACUCCUGAAUGUGGCAAGGCAGUCAUUCAGAAGUCAUUCAGCACCAUUAUAACAGGGCUAUCACUCUUGUCAACAUGUGGAGAAGCACUAUAAGGCCACUUCUCUGGUUACCAUGGAUUCGAAAGAACCAUUCACCCAACACCACGGUUUACUUCUGAAAGCUGAAAAGAUCAAAAAGAAAUUUGGAAUUUUCCAUGGAGGUAUCCAUGGGGGUGGAUAUACACAUAGUCUCCCAUUGGCCUGUAGGCCAUCUUUUGCACAAGUGUAUUUUAUAUGUUCUAGUUCCAGGCCAAGAGUAUUCAGUUUUUGUUGAACAAAUGAGAAAACAUACAGUCCUUACUCGUUUUCCUUACACAGGUCAGCAUAAGCCCUGGAAUUGGUUGGUACAGUUGCUGUUGACUCUCUGAGCUUAGAGGAAAAACAGGUCUUGUAUUUUCUCUCACCACUUGAGUCUAAGCAAACUCUCAAAGACAAUAACAUUCAAAGAGUCUCAGAAGAAAUUAGGGAGGAGGUAAAUCCACUCUCACAGAAAACACAGGGCACCCCCACAACUGUUCCCCAUCUGUUCCAAAAGGGAUGAUUCAAUGUGAAAAGUCAGAGGCCUGAACUAACCGAUGAAAUAUGCUCAUUGGUUAUUUCUCUGUUGCAAUCCCACUUGUGCCACAAUAUGAAAGAGCAGACACAGUAGAGUGAUUAUUGCCAAAUGCCCUGUCUAGCCAACCUAUCCACUUGGAUGUGGCAUACUUUUUGCCAGAAAUAAAAGAGCAUAGGUAGAGCCCUGUCACCAGGGCACAUCCAACCCUCUUGAGCCUCUCAGUGAGAAGCCACCCUCACCCAGGAAUCAACGUGGGCAUUUCAGGUGGGGUGUCCUUCUUUAGUGGAGAAAUUUCCUUUCAUCAUUUUAUAUAGAUAGGUUACUCUCUUUAGGAAUAAUUAGAAUCUCCAGUUGAGGGUUUUCUUAAAAAUAUGGAAGUGAUGGUUCAUAUUGGUUCGUACUUGGGUUUUGCCAAAUCGAUGUUUGGUGCCAUUUGCCUUCAAGAUGUCCCCAAAAGUUGGGUCAUUACUAUGAGAAAUUAGACCUGAAGAUGGAGAACUGGUCACAGUCACUGACACAGGGGACACAGGUGUGGCUGGAGGCCGAGCCUCAGUAGCUUUCCCCGUGGGGCAGCUCCUCUUCUCACCCACUGGUUCCCAAGGGGCAGGAAGAGGCCGUCUGCAAUAUGGCAAGUCCCUACCUCUAAGUAGCUUAGAGAAAACAUUGUGAGGGUUUGGGGUGGUGGGAGAACUAUAGAAAACCCCCCAAACUGUUCUCAUCUCCAGCAGAUCAUCUCGUAUAACUUUAGAUCUUCUCUUUUUAAGUGAAUCAAAGGAGGACAACAGUUGGACCAAGGAUGGAGGGGUCGCAUUUAAAUACAUCAAAGCUCUUAUAAAACGGGACUGUAUUUUGGGGACCUCUGCCCCCACAUUUCAACCCCACCUCAUGCCUGCCAGGCCUGCUUUGAUCUCCGUGGUCCAGCCCACCUUUAAAUUCCUGCCAUCUAUGCUACAGCCGAGUCCAGCACUGUGUUCAUCCCUCUCCCAGGAAGACUCAAGUGGGGAGGGGGUCCAGGGCCUGGGCUCACCUGGCUGAGCGUGCGGGGGUCUAGGUAGAGAGUGCCGUGUUCUCUAAAGCCGUGGAUGGUUUCAGUGAAAUGUCUGUGUCUGACAAUCGUCUUCCCUUGUACAUGCAUUGUCUGUGUUUAGCUUUUCCUAGUAUUGUGAAGUCUCAAAUAGGGGUUCCAUGUAAAUACUCUUUCUGCUACUGAAAAUGCCAGCCCCCUGGAUCAUGCAUCAUUCCCACAAACGGUUUUGCCUUUACGCUAACACUUUUUGAGCCACUGAUGUGCAGAUUGAUGAUUAGUUUCUUGGGCUUUUAUUUUGCAAUUUUAUAUAUAUAUAUAAUACACACAUAUAUAAUAUAUAUAUAUAUAUAUAUAUUUAUGGGUUGGUUUUGUAUAGUUUUCUGUUUGAAUCUCUGAGCACCAAAGCUGCCCUUGGAUUUUCAAGAGAACUUUCCAAAGCCACUUCCUGAGGCCCCCCACUCCCCCUCUGCUUUGGUGUUUGUGGUGCUGGGUGGCAUCUCUACCCAUGAAUUUCUGUAUGUAUGUGCUGUUAUCUCACCUGCAGAUAUUACCCUAGUAAAUCUACCGUGCUUGGCUUCCCAGUGUGUGACCCAUCUCU